AUGUUAGUUUUAUUUGAGGAAUGUUUGUACAACGACAGUGUUGUGUUUGAAUCUUAUUGUGGUUCGAUUGAUUCACAGGGUUCGUUUGUAUUUUCAGUACUUUAUCGAGGAUUUGUAUUUAACGCUCAUGUUUAUAUUGAUAGUUAUCUGACACACGUAGAUUUACAUCGUGUAUCGGGAAAUAAUACGUACACGGACGCGUUGGGGGAUUACGUGGAUACUGUUGUGGACGCUUUCUGGCUAUAUUGUUAUAACGAAGUAGACGUACGUGCUAUAUUUGAUUCCGAAGAGACAAUUCGACGGAAAUUAUUUUUAAAACAUCGCAUUUAUUUAAGCGAUAUUCGAAUCUGGCGUGGAAUGUUCUCGACAGCUCGGCGCAAUGCUAAUGCUUUUGGAUGA